AUGCAACCACAUAAUAGACCCAUUAUUUCAGUAUCCAAUUCUAUCAACAUCCCUGUAGCCCCCAGACCUUCGAAUUUAGCAGCUGACACUGUCAACAUGGCUCCUUUUCCUCCUGUUAGACCUGUGAACUCAGCACCGGAGUCUAAGAAUGCUAACCGAAAUCAAUCCCAGAAUUCAGCUGAUCCUAAUGCCGGUCGCAUUUCGUCACCACGACGUCGUAGGAGAGACCAGCACAUGCAGAACCCACGAACUAACCAAAAUGUCUCACAAAAUGUUCAAAAUUCUCAAAACGCAAGGACCCCGCAAAAUGCGCAAACGGCGCCCCCUCCACAAGAACCAAAAGUUAGCAAAGUUCUUGUAACUGGCUACCCAACAUACACCCAACCUCACGACAUACUCGAAGUGUUUACGAAAUUCGGCAACGUACGCAUAGACAAGUGCAACAGUUUCUCAGCGACCCUUACCUACCCCUCCGAAGACCAAGCAUUGAAAGCCAUAGCGGCCAACAAGCGCCUGCACAUAUACGGCCACUUCCUGUCCGUGAGGGCCUUCACUGCAAAGCCGAAUGCCUUGGAAGGUCCAAUGUCCCCUAAGAGAGAAUUUCCUAAAAGUAAACAAAAAAGUAUGAUUAUAGAACCAGAUAAAAUAGAUUUGUCAGGAGACUUCUACGCACAGUUGGAUAAUUUAUUGGCCGCUAUAAGACUCAAUCAAGAGGAUAUCAAUAAAAUAAGCAUAUUAUAUAGAGAUCUGGAGUAUGCGUUCCAGGUGCAAUGGCCAGGUUGCAAGGCCAUCCCCUUCGGGUCGAUAACGACAGGUCUGGGCAUCAAGACAAGCGACGCGGACUGCUUCAUGAGCCUCCCCCUCCAGUUCCGGACUGUAAACGCCAACCACGUCAACCGCGCUCGACGUUUGCUCAUGCAGCACCCGCAUAUCUUCGCGGAGAUCCUGGCCAUCCCCCGCGCCAACACUCCCAUCGUCAAGUUCUACCACGUCCCCACCGACACCAACUGCGACCUCACCUUCAAGACCCCACUGGGGGCCCAGAACAGCCGCCUCGUAGCCUUCCUCUUGAACGCAGACCCUCGAAUCACUCCCAUGGCCGUCGUCAUCAAGUACUGGGCCAAGGUGCACGAGCUCUCUGGGACGGGUAAACUGACCAAUUACGCUCUCACGUGGAUGAUUAUCUUCUAUCUGCAGCAGCCCCCCCUGUCUAUUUUGCCGUCUGUGGCGAUGCUCCAAAGGGACCGGGCGAACGACGUCAUCGUGGACUGCUGGAACACAGGCUACACGAGCAAUGCUGAUUCUCUCCCGCGAUCUUCGGAUAAGUCCACAAUUGCCGAGUUGCUAGGCGGAUUCUUCGAGUACUACGCGAACUUCAACUUCGACGAAAUGAUGGUCUGCCCGUAUUUAGGUACCAAGAUAAAGAAGUCUGUGUUCGCGGACACGGCGACGCUUCCCGAAGAGUUUAGCCUGUACAAAAAUAACGUUUUGUCAAAUUAUGUAUUGCCACUCCGGCACCAGAGGUCGUUCUGCGUCCAGGAUCCCUUCGAGCAAUGCCACAACGUCGCAUCCACAAUAACUUCUAAACUGGCGUUGGAUAUAAGGUGUUACUUCAAGUUCGCGGCCGCCGCCUACAAGAAAGAGAAAGAGAAGAACUGCGCGGGAUUCCUCAAGACGAUAUUAGUCGAAAAGCCAAAACUGCUUCGUGGAAAGACGCACCCGGAGUACAGAGUCAAUUUGUUCCCCAGAAUCGUAAACACGAUCAUUAGCUUCGAUUGGAAAACGGUCGUCAGAAAUUUGGUUAAAACGAUUUUCGAAAAUAUGAUGAAAAUAAAGUUAGGCAAGGUGGAGGAGAAAAUGAAUCCCGAUUCUAAGAAGGAUAAGGAGAAGUACACGUGCAACGUGACCAAGCCGAUAUGGAAAAGGAAAAAGUACAACAGUUUGUAUGUCGACCCCGAGAUGGGGUUCGAGGAGAAGCAGACUUUGAUCUCAGAAGAGCUCAUCAAGAAGGAAGUUCAAGAAGUCAGUUUACAAUUCCAAUUGAUGCUGACGUUCUGUCACGAACCCAAAAGUGCUGUAGUCACAAUAAGGAUGAGCGGCGGGGAUUUAGACGCCUUCCGGGAAUAUGGGAAAUUCUUUAUAUCAGUGAUGCAGAGCUGGUUUACACAGCUCCUAAAGCCUUUUUCUAUGCCUAACUGUAAGGACACGGCAGCUAAGAUAGCCGAAGCGACUGACGAUGGUAACGUCUUGAACGAUCUGGAUUCUGAUGACGAGGACAGUGAAGUUGUUUUAACUUCAAGUACAAAUCGUUCAAAAGAACAAACGACACAAAAGAAACCAUCUGCAAACAUGUCGGAGUGCUCCGGAGCAGACGCGGACGUACCGCGCAAUGGCGGCGGCGAGGAAACAAAGUGA